UGGUUGUUCCCCAACUCUGACCAAUAAUUACCUUCGAAGCCUGAUUUUAACCCAAUCAGAGGAGGGAUAGGGGCGGGGCUCCUUACACUUAAAACGUAGGUUGUAAUUAUUUAAACACGUGGCUCAUUUGUCGGAGUUUUAUGUAGUUGUACCUAUUAUUAUUAAGAUUAAAGUAAGUUUUACCCGACCGUCUUCACUGUUGUUGCUGUCUAAAACAGCCCGAACCUUCAUGACUUCAUGUUCCGGCUCUCUUAGCAACGGUUGCUAACAACUGAGGCUGCUGCUGUUAAUCUUCAGAAAAGUCUCCGUGUUCGUCAGUUUUAAAACUUUCAGCUGCAAAGCACAGUUGAAACCAUAUCUUGGAGAAGAUCGAUCACAAGUGCACUCUCGGACAGUAAGGAGAUGGAUAUCGAUGGUAUUGAUCUUAUUGUUAUUCAUCCAUUAGCUUUCUCAAAUGAUAGAACAUGCCUUAUGUGAAUGAAUGAACAAAUUAAUCAAUGAGUUGUUUGACAUUGAAUCAGAAUCAGAGCUCGCCAAACUGCAAAGACAGUUCAGGAUCAUGGAGGGAGAUCGACAGGCUUACAGUAUGGAGGCCAGAGAGCAGAUCCGCAAACAACAGCAGGAGAUAGACAAGUUGCUGAAGGAGCAGGAGGAGCUGCAUCGAAACCUCGGUGUGUCUCAGAGCUUGUCUCGCCAUCAGCAGGACAGCGAGGACGCCGAGAGUCUCCGAGCUCUGCUGGAGCAGAGGGACAUGUUAGAAGAGGAGCUGGGAAAAGAGAAGCAGUGUCACAAAGACUUGAAAAGAGAGAUUGCAAACACUGAAGUGAAGCUGGCACGGCUGAGAAAAGGAGAGGUCAGCAGUCGUGACUCUCAGACAUCUGAGGUACGACGGACUAAGAAGGCCGUGCAAACGCUGGAGUACAAACUGGACAGGGCUUUGACUCGCUUCAAUGAGCAGCUGACUAAAAACAGCCGCCUGAGAGAGGAGCUGCAGACACUUCAAAUCGAGCGUGUCCGUUUUCAGCAACUCCACAACAGGUUGGACAAGGAGCUGCAGGAGGUGCGCAAGAAGAUCGGGGAAGUAAUCAACCUGUCCACUGCUGCGUAUGAUGCCAGUGCGGAGGCUCAGUCCAAAGUGACUGCAAUGAGGGAAAAGGCGGUGAAGGACCUGGCCCAGUACAAUGCUGAGAUGAAGGAACUGGAAAGGGUGAUUGCACACGAGAACUGCCUGAAAGAGUUCAUGAGCACCAAGUGCAGCGAGAGGAGCGGCCAGGACAACGGCCAAGACAUGGGACACAAACAAGUGUCGGAACAGCAGGAGCAGCAGAGGAUGGAUGCAGGGGAAGAGUCGCUGGAUGCUCUGGAGGAGGUUUUUGAAAGAAUCUGCACAGUGACAGAAGAGAAGGAUCUGGACAUGCUGGUGACCAGAUUCAUCCAGGCUGAAGACCGGAACUUAGCGCUCUUCAAUUUUGUUAAUGAGCAAAACACUGAGGUUGAAGCCCUGAGGGAUCAAAUCAACCAUAUGCAAGAGGAGAUGGAGCACUUUCGAAUGAAAGGUUUGCAACAGGAGCACGAUCAUCGCUCUUUGCUCAGAGACAUUGACGGACAGCUGAAGGAGACAGAGUCCAAAGCCGAUCACUAUGAAAGCAAAGCCAGCAUCAUAAGCAAAAUCCUGGACAAGAUUAAAACAGGAGUGAACAGCACCUUCUCUAAGCUACAGUGUGACCGCUCAGUGAUGGAGGACAUGCUGGGCCUGUCGAAGGGGAUCAGCGAGAACAACAUCAUGUUCUAUCUGGGUCUGGUAGAACAGAAGACCAAUGAGCUGCUCACCAUUCAAGAUUUCCUCAACUCCAAGGAUUUAGAAAAGGACUACAAUCCAAGAGACCUGGCUAAAAUCCUUUUGGGUCAAAAUCCAGAGCAUCUUCAGGAAAACACCAAAAUCCAGCCAACAAUCAACAGUGUGGCCUAUGAUGCAGAGGAGACUGUCGUAACUGACGAGGAACGACCACUUUCACAGGAAGAACUGCGCAGAAGAAUUAUCAAAGUUCAGUAGGAGUUCAGCCUGUGCACAGACAGCUGGGACUCCCUGGAAGACGGAUCAGACACAUUGACCUGAUCAGUUUAAUAAUGAUGACCCCCCCA